UCGUGUGCAAGCCAACAUGGUCCUGAAGCUUCUUCGUGCAUUGUGCUGCAUUGUUCUCCUGUCACAAUGGUCUGAAGGGAAGUCGCUGCUCAAUGGCAUUAAGCCAGAAGAAUCGGAUACAGUCAGUAUAGAUGCGACUCAAGCUAAUGGUUUUCUUUCACGCUCUCGGCGGAACGCGGACCCACGCUGGUACCGACAGUAUCCUGACUUCCAGUCCUAUUAUCGCUACUACAGUAGCAUUGGCCACACUGAGGGGCUGUAUGAGAUUGACCGGAUCAGAACGCUGUAUCAACAGAUGAGACAACUGGAGCAGACAUACGGUCCUGAUGCGGCCACCUUCCAGAAUAAGCUUGGCAUCCCAGGGCUGCUUAGAUGCGACCCGUCUAAAGACAAAAACUGCAAACUACCCCGUCCUCCUGCUUCUGUGAAAGGCCCUGCUCCUCCUCCUGCCCCUAAACAAACCCCUGCCCCACCUCCUGCACUUGUAAAAGGCCCCUCCGCCUUGGUCCCCUCCCAGGCUGAUGUUAUUCACCUGUGUAAUGCCAGAGAUCCUCUGUGUAAGCCUCACAUUGUCUACCUGCCUACAGGGGCAGUUCCUGUGCUCUGUGACCCCCGAUACCAUCCCAACUGUAAGCUACAAGGCCCACCACCUCCCCCACCUGCCUCAGUCAAAGGCCCCGCCCCUGCUCCUCCUCCCUCACCUUUAGUCCGUAAAAAAAUGGAGUUUGAUUGUGACCCUUACUGGGAUCCCGAUUGUCUUAUUGACAACCCUCCUCGCCCCAUGAAGGGUAAAACUCUACCUCCUCCACCAGAGCCUGAGCCUGAAGAGGAUGAAGAGGAGGAAGAGGAAGAGGAGGAGGAGACACCAGCACCACCUGCUCCUAUUGCUAAGAAGCCCGCCUAUCCGUACUACGGUUCUCCGUAUCCAUAUGACUACAAUGCAGAGCUGUACAACCCCGCUCGCUUUUCCUACCCUUCCCCCAACAUCAAAUAAAUAAACAAGAAAUCAGGAGCUAGUUAUGACGGGGGUGUACUCGCUUUAACUAUACGUACGCGAGAAGGAUGUUGUGCGUAUCCUGUGCACAUCCAGCCCCCUAGUGGACAAACCAGUUAAUUCUCCAUCUCGAGUAGCUGCCACGUAGCGGUGUCACGUAUAACCCUGGCUUUAGACCUUCACAAAACAAACACAACAACAACAAG